UGUGUGUGUGUGUGUGUGUGUGUGUGUGUGUGUGUGUGUGUGUGCACGCGCUGUGAGCUGCCACUGCAGGGGAAGACGUUGGGACAAGAGGGAGCGCCAACAUCAUCGGGUAUCUCUGUCCUGCAUUAACAUUCCGCUCAUGAGAAUCGGCGUGUGCUCGAGCGCAGACGGAGAGACGGGGUAACACACACACACACACACACACACAGACAAACGACGGAAAGAGCGGAGCAAUUCGGCUCGGUUCGGCUCAGCUCGGUUUUUUGAAUCCGCCAGUCGUGUCGUGAUACCAGGGCCAGGGAGGGACUGGUGGCUUCGUCUCCAGCUAUACCUGACUCUCACCCCAGUGUUGUGUUUGGAUGUUUUUCUUCUUCUUCUUCUUCUGGUUAAUUAAUUGCACAAUGCGCACUUUUCCCUCGUGAUCACUUCACCGACGCGCACGAGUUCUCUUUCAGGUUGUGUCUACUUCCUAUAAGUUGCAUGGCUGCUUAAGCAACGUCCACCCUGAUCCAAGUUUACCAGUCCUAAUCUGUGCCUUGUCUCUACCCCGGGAUUUAUACUGAUCAUCAGCAUCUAUAAUAACCCACAUUUCCACAAAACCUUCUUAACAGAAAUGUUCUCUUUCUGACAUCUGCCCCAAAACAAGAAGUGAGGAAUAAGAGCCUUCCUCAAGGGCCCAAGAGGAGCAGACAUAUAACCAUUACAGUCCAAUCUUUUUUGAAAAAACUAUCCAUUUUCCUGGCACUGUUCCCAUUCCAGCAGCAACCAUUCGGCCCUCACUUGCCACAGCGGUCCUGCCAUCCAGGCCCCGCUCCCACCAGGCGCCCAGUAUGGCGCCCCAGGGGCGGGAGCACCUGGUGGCGAGGGAGCAGCAGCAAGGUGCGCGAAGACGAAGCCCUCAUCUCCGACACACUCUGAGCCCUGAAAACCUGAGGAGCCUAGCAGAACGUGGCGGCACUGAAGUGGCAGCAGCUGGCACAGCAGGACUCACUCGCGCUAACAGUGACACAGACCUGGUCAGUUCACAGGGUCGCUCUUCCCUCACAGCUUCCACACUGGAGUUCACCCUCGGCCGUGGACAGAACCUGGUCAUCUCCUGGGACAUCAAAGAGGAGGUCGACGCUACUGACUGGAUCGGACUCUAUCACAUAGAUGAGACCUGUCCCUCAAACAUGUGGGACUGCAAGAACCGUGGUGUGAACGGCACACAGUGUGGCCAAAUAGUCUGGAGGCUGGAGGCUGGUCCGUACUUCCUGGAUGCUGAGACCAGAAUCUGCUUCAAAUACUAUCAUGGUUUGACUGGAGCUUUGAGAGCAACAACACCUUGCAUCACAGUCAAGAAUCCUCGAUUUUCGGCUGACAGCCAAGGAGAAGGACAGCUGACUUCAGACACGAGCCGAAAACUGCUCAGCUUCACCUUGUCAGAUAUCCGAGCUGUGGGAUUGAAGAAAGGCAUGUUUUUUAAUCCUGACCCUUAUCUAAAGAUGAGUAUUCACCCAGGCAAGAGGAGCGGCUUCCCCACCUUCUCCCAUCACGGCCAAGAGAGACGAUCUGGAAUUACAACCAACACUACAAACCCUGUGUGGCAUGGAGAGAGACACACAUUUGUGGCCCUGAUAACUGAUGUCCUAGUAAUCGAGGUUAAGGACAAGUUUGCUAAAAGUCGGCCAAUCAUUAAACGCUUCCUGGGUCAGCUAAACAUUCCUGUUCAGAGGCUGCUGGAAAGACACGCAUCAGGGAACCAGUCCCUGAGCUUCUCCCUCUGCCGGCGCUUGCCCACUGAUAAUGUAAGCGGUCAGAUGCAGUUUAAAGUGGAUAUCACUUCGACUAACCAGGACGAUGUCAACCCUGAGUCAAUCCUCGGGGCAGUAGCCCUUAAUGGACCCCCUGGUACCCCUUCAGAUGAUGAAGAUUUGCCUCAUCCUCUUCCUCUCCCUUCCGACGUUCUGUACCCUGCCCGCUCCCGUAGUUUCCGUCGAAAUGGUGAAGAAGAUGGUGCUCUAUCACCUGAUGCAGAGAUUAGCUCUGGUGCUCUGGAUGAAGAAGCUCUACCAUCCCUCAGCAUACUUCAUCGAACAUCAAGUGAGCAGCUCGAUGCAAUCGAGGCGCCCAAAGGACCAGGUGAGCGUCCGAUGGGUGCAGCAUCUCCAAAACUGAGCUCCAGCUUUCCUACCCACUCCCGCCUCAGUGACAUGCUCCACAUCGACUCUGACGAGGAUGAGGAGAGGUCUGUUGGUAUUGAUCCCAUACCACCUGCCCUGAACGGCCUCAGCAGAUGUCCUGUAAUGUUCCACAAACCGGAAGAUCUUGAGGAACUGAGGGGGCCACCAGAAGAAGUUGGGCUAGAGUCAGAGGUGGACACUUUGAGUUUAGGGACUGAGGUGGUUCUGAAGCCAGAGGUUUCAUCGAGUUCUGUGGCUCCACAAGUAGAGACAGCAAGUUUGUUGGAGAGACAGGAUGAAGGAGAGCAAGAAGAAGAAGCACUGGGACCCAGUGAGGAGUUGGCCACAGAGGUGGAUAUCUCCUCCAUGGCAUCUGACUGUGGCCCCAUGCCUAUGUCUGCUGUUCAGGAAGCAGAACAAGGGGCAGAGAUGGCUAUAGAUCCAGGGGGAGGAGAUCUCUCAGAUGACCCACCCACAAGCUACGAGGUCAUUGAUGCUGGAGGCGAACCUCCUCCGACUGAUGAUUUUGAACUACACACACCGCCUCCAGAGUUACUGGCCAAUGAGGAUGAAGACGAGGUGGAGGAGGACACCAUGUCUCGGAGGUGGAGUCUGGAGGCAACAGCUGGGGUGUCACAGGAGGAGGACGAGGAGGAGGAGCUAAUGCAUUCAGGUGAUGGCGGCUCCGUGGACUCUGAGACUUUUGCUACAGAUACAAACACAGAUCCAGGUCCUGCUCAGCUAAACGGGCAUCAACAAGUUCAUUCGCUUCCCUCUGUAAGACAAGACAUUCACCGGUACCAGCGUGUGGACGAGCCGCUUCCACCCAGUGAGUACUGGGAGGCUCGGAUAGACAGUCACGGCCGUAUCUUCUUCGUGGAUCAUGUGAACCGGACCACUACAUGGCAGAGACCCACAGGCCCUCCUGCUCCUCAGGGCUUAACCCGCUCCAGCUCCAUCCAGCAGAUGGAGCAGCUCAAUCGCAGGUACCAGAGCAUCCGCAGAACAAUGACAAGUGAGAGGAGUUCAGAGGAACAAACUGUAGACUUUCCUCCUGCCGAUGAUCUGGAAAUGCUUUCUCAUUCCGUGUCCGACUACCGAAGAGACGGAUCUUUGGCUCAGACCAGCUCUCACUCCCGUCUCUCCCUGCUGCUUCAGUCUCCUGGAGCCAAGUUUCUCUCCAGUCCUGAUUUCUUUACUGUGCUGCAUUCCAACCCUGGUGCCUAUCGCAUGUUUACAAGCAACACGUGUCUGAAGCACAUGAUCAGUAGAGUUCGGCGGGAUGUGCAGCACUUCGAACGCUACCAGCACAACCGAGACUUGGUCACCUUCCUUAACUUGUUCUCCAAUAAGCAGCUUGAGCUGCCACGUGGCUGGGAGAUGAAACACGACCACACUGGCAAGCUCUUCUUUGUGGAUCACAACUGCCGUGCCACAACAUUCAUCGACCCGCGGCUACCCCUACAGAGCUCACGCUCCAGCGGCCUCUUGGCCCAUCGACAGCGUCUGAGCCGCCAAAGGAGCCACAGUGCUGGCGAGGUACAGAUGGCGGAUGACUCUCGCUCCCCGAGCCCACCCAUGCAACCUCGACCCUCAAGCACGUUUGCUGGGUCCAGUCGGAACCAUUAUCAAGACCUGGUACCUAUGGCUUACAAUGAGAAAAUUGUGGCUUUCCUUCGACAACCAAACAUCUUAGAGAUCCUACAGGAGAGGCAACCGGAGCUUGUGAGAAACCAUUCCCUCAAGGAGAAAGUUCAGUUUAUUCGGAAUGAAGGUGCGGCUGGAUUGGCUCGGCUCUCGAGUGACGCAGAUUUGGUGAUGCUGCUCAGUCUUUUUGAAGAGGAAGUGAUGUCAUAUGUGCCUCCCCAUGCCUUACUGCAACCCAGUUACUGCAUUGCCUCCCCACAAAGCUCCCCUGGAACUCCUCGUGCAAAUGCUCGCGCACCUGCACCUUAUAAACGAGACUUUGAGGCUAAACUCAGAAACUUUUAUCGCAAACUGGAGACAAAGGGUUAUGGGCAGGGCCCGGGAAAAGUGAAACUGAUCAUCCGCAGAGAUCACCUACUGGAAGAUGCCUUUAACCAGAUCAUGUGCUACUCACGUAAGGAUCUGCAGAGAAGCAAACUGUACGUCAGCUUCGUAGGGGAGGAGGGGUUGGACUACAGUGGACCGUCCAGAGAGUUCUUCUUCUUGGUGUCCCGUGAGCUCUUUAACCCGUAUUAUGGACUAUUCGAAUACUCGGCCAACGACACUUACACUGUGCAGAUCAGCCCAAUGUCGGCCUUCGUGGACAACCACCACGAGUGGUUCCGGUUCAGUGGGAGAAUUUUGGGCCUCGCUCUGAUUCACCAGUACCUCCUGGAUGCCUUCUUCACUCGGCCGUUCUACAAAGGCCUGCUGCGUAUUCCAUGUGAUUUGAGUGACUUGGAGUUUCUGGAUGAGGAGUUUCAUCAGAGCCUGCAGUGGAUGAAGGACAACGACAUUGAGAACAUGCUAGAUCUCACAUUCACCGUCAAUGAGGAGGUGUUUGGUCAGAUUACAGAGCGGGAGCUGAAGCCUGGAGGAGCUGGUGUCCCAGUGUGUGAGAAAAAUAAGAAGGAGUACAUCGAGCGCAUGGUGAAGUGGCGCAUCGAGAGAGGUGUGGCUCAGCAGACAGAAAGCCUGGUGCGAGGCUUCUAUGAGGUUGUUGAUGUGAGGCUGGUGUCUGUAUUUGAUGCCCGCGAACUGGAGCUGGUCAUUGCUGGAACUGCAGAAAUCGACCUGGCUGACUGGAGAAGCAACACUGAGUAUCGAGGAGGUUAUCACGAUGGUCACAUCGUGAUCCGAUGGUUUUGGGCAGCGGUGGAGCGUUUCAACAAUGAGCAGAGACUGAGACUUCUUCAGUUUGUCACAGGCACUUCGAGUGUUCCUUAUGAAGGCUUCGCAUCUCUCCGAGGGAGCAACGGACCACGACGCUUCUGCGUCGAGAAAUGGGGCAAAGUUACUUCCCUUCCAAGGGCUCACACCUGCUUUAACCGCUUGGAUCUUCCCCCAUACCACUCCUUCUCCAUGCUUUAUGAGAAGGUGCUCACUGCAGUGGAAGAAACAAGCACAUUUGGUCUGGAGUGAGGAUCUUACACAGUCUCUUCUCACUGAUUGUGUUGUGUUUUUUAAAAUCUGAAACCUUUUUUGCCUUUUAUUCUAUAUCCCUAUCCUUAUCUCCAGUCUUAAUAAUACCCCACCCCACCCCACCCCCCUCUGCUAUGAAACCAGGAUUAUGUGACUAAUGCAUGACGGCUCUUUCUGGGACCUUUUACUUCUGGGUCUUCAAACACACAAACAUAUGGUGAAUGCAUUAGAUAUUGAGCAGGAACAUAAACACUAGUAUUUCUAGUUAAUACAGAAAUUCCUUCUUAUGCACAAAGCCUACUAACACAGUAAAUAGCGGUUACACUAAACUCCUCUGUAAACAUUAUACAGUAUUUUCACCCACUUUCACCGGAGAGAAGACAAAUCCACAGUAUACAAAAUAAACAGAUGAAUACAGCGUACUCACAUUUCUCACAUUACACCGAUCGGGUAGAUGAUUUGUGUUACAGCAAGUCGCUCAGCGCUGCUGUAACUGUAGAGCUUGUUCCUCAUCGAAACAGAGCGACGCCUUUAUUUAAAGAUGAAUCUUGGGUGUAAAACAGAUGAGGAAUUUAACCCACUUUUGUGGAUAUUGUGUUUUUCUGUUGUGUAUUAGUGGGGAUGAAUCUGUGCCACAUUUAAUUAGAAUUAUUCUAGACACAUUUUGCUUCUAAUGAAUACCUCUGUAGAAUAUGCUAAAAUGGCUAGAGAAGCUGUAAUUAUCCGCUGCGUUUGCACAGCGUGAUCUGUGUAACGGAAAACAACGAGCGAAGGUUUACUUCCACAGAACAAAUCGUGUCAGAACGGAAUGCCACCCACCUCGAAACGUGAUCCCUUUGUCUUUAUUGCUUUUGACUGUCUGCUGCCUCAAAUGAACCAUAACCAAACGUCAAGCACCCGUUUGCAUGUUAUUACAGAUUUAUCGUGAUCACGUUGCACUCCAGCAGCACUACAUUGCAACACAAUGAAGCUGUAAUGAAAGGGAAUCACGGUGCAGUCUCACGGUUCUGGGGGCGUGGAUGAGGUUACAUAGUUUUACAUCAAAACUUCAACACGUUUAUUCUGAGUUCAUCUCUAACAUUCAAGGUUUGCAUGACAAACAGCAAACCUCUGCCCCUGGUGCAAGUCUCUUUCACUGCUAAUUGAAUGUUGAGUUGUUAACAUAUAUUUGGCCAUAGAGUGUACUUAAAGGAAACCUCCAUGCUGAAAGACAUUAAUUAUCUUUAUAUUGACAUAUUUGAUAAUUGACAAAUCUGGUGCUAUUUUUUUGGUUGGUGCUGUAUUUAUAUUAUUUCUAUGAGAUUUUAGCGGCAAUCUGACCUCACUGAUGGGAGUGCUGGACAGGCUGAAGGGAUCAACGUACCGCUGCAUCACUGUCUCUUUGAUAGACUUGAAGUUAGGGCACUCAAACAGCAUAUAAUACUAAUAUUAAUAAUUUAGUUGUCAGAUGUCAAAUUCAGGAUUUCUUGUUAAAUAGUAAAUCCCUGCUCUUUGUUUCUCAGUUAUACAGAUGAUAUGCUUUUCCUUUUGCCUUUUUGCCUUUCUGUAUUGAUUGGAUUUAAAUGUGGCACAGAUCCCAUGCUGUACUUAAUACAUACACACAGGCUAAUAUUUUCCAGUAUCUUUCUUAUCGUAAUGCUGAACCCGCAUGUCAGUGUGUCUCCUGAGCCACGUUCAACAUCAUGUCCACCAUGAAAUUAAUGUCAGCAUUGCAGUUUUAACUUGUUCGUCUGUGGUUUGUGGUUUAGAGACGAAAGCAGCAGUGCUUAAUGGGGCCUUUGGAUGAUGUCACAUUUUUUUAAUUAAAUUGUGGGUUCAAAAAGCUCACAGUGUUGGAUGUAAAGUAGGCUCCUUUUCCACAUCCAGCUCCAAGAGGAAUAUGGCUUUGUAAGGCAUCAAUUACAUUAUGAUAUUCAAUUUAAAUAUAACAGAAAAUUGACACAUUAGUGGGGAAUAAGCCUUAUAAGAAUAUCAAGCUGAAGAUAAUGAGAGUUGCAUGGCUAUGACUUAGUGAUAAUUAGCAAUAUUUAGGAGAUGCUAGUUAACUAGUCUUUCAGGGUCUAACAUGGUUUGUUUUCCUAUUGGCCAAAGAUUUAUAAUUCAUCAAUAUUUGUAGCUGUUAGGACAAAUAAAAUUUGGGGUUUAGUGAUUGGGGCACAGAUCUCCUGUUCUUUGCUUGUUCUCCACACAUGGUUGCUUUAUUGGUUUCCUCCAGGUUCCCCGUUUUCCUCACUAGUCCAAAGACAUAUGAUUUUCUUUAGUGUAUGAAUGUGUGUGCAUGUGAUUGUGUCCUGGGAUAGGUUGGUGUUCCUUGCCUUGUCCCCCGAGUCCUCUAGGAGAGGCUUCAUAUGACCAUGUGUAGGAUAAGCGCUCCAGAAAAUGAAUGGAUGGCUACAUGGCUCAUUUAAUGGUAUUAAAGCAUUUCUUUUAAAACGGAAACUUUUUGAACACAAAGCUUUAUGUCACCUGAAACUUUAAUAUAAAGAAUUUUAAGAAUAUUUAAGUCAUCCUUUUCUGUUGGCAGUUGACAUCAUCCAGAGGCUUGUGUAAAUUCUGUCAUCCAGGGGUCAUGCUGUCAACAAACUCAAUGCUGAAAACUAGGCGUAUUAAGUGUACCUUUCCUCAUGAACUGGUUUGCAGAAAUUGUGCCUAUUGUAUCCCGAUCCCCCAACCCCAAAUCCACACAUCAGCAUCUCUACACAAACACAAAGAUAUUUAUGAUUUGUCUCUACGUCUUCUAUGUUUCCACACAGCAGCGGUUCUCUUUUUCUCUGUAUAAACUGAUCUAUGGUUAAACUAAUGCAUGCAGGGUCUUAAAAUGCAGUACCUGAGUUUGACCCUUAGGUGUCAAUAGCUUGAUAUUGCAUGCUGGACGUAGUGACCUGACUCUGGUCAUGAUUAGUUUUCUUUGCAUGAGAAGUUGCUGUUAACAACGGAUGGGGUUAAAGAAGAAAUAAAAACUCACGUUCACCUGUUUUUACUUUGAUUUUGAUGUACCAAAGUUAAAGAAUGUACAUGAAUGUCUAUAGCAGCUGCUAACAAUUUGGUGAAACUCAGAUCGUGCAUGUUGUUCACACUCAUGUCCAUGUUUGUAUAUAGUUGUAUUAUAUGGAUGCCUGUCUUGUUUCAAAAUAUAUUUUGCACUGAAUGUACCAAAGUUUUGUGGGCUA